CCGCAGUCACUCGCUUGUUUAUCCUGGUCUGUGUCGCACCGCUGAUUCACUGACUUCGCCUGAUUACCUGGAGCCACAGUCGGCGUUUACACCUCGGGCUGUAGCGCACAGCUCCUCCGCAUAAAGAGGAUCAUCGGGUGUAAUCGAGAAGAGGCUGCUGGGCCAAGUUCCACUUUGGGAUCAUAAAUAUAUUAAAUUACCUCUCCGAGUGAAUCUAUAAAAGUCUGGGUUCAUGCCGGAUUUCGAGCACUUCAGAUUUUCCUACUCUAGUAUGAAUCCGGUCCUGGAGGAGAGCGGUUUCCUGGCACCGCAGCAGCAACAUCCCCAAAUGCCGAGCCAAACCGAUUCCGCCAUCCCAGACCCGGGCUACUUCCUGGGGGACCACGGCAGGUUCGGGCUUGAUGGGUUGUCCGGGCUGGACCUGGGUGCUCUGCCACCGUCGGGCCUCGCCUACCUGCACCUGAGCAGCCCCUUGCACCGCGUCCCCCCGGCGGCCACGGCUCUGCGCAACGACCUGGGCUCCAACAUCAGCGUGCUGAAGACCCUGAACCUGCGCUUCCGCUGCUUUCUGGCCAAAGUGCACGAGCUGGAGCGCAGGAACAAGGUGCUGGAGAAGCAGCUGCAGCAGGCUUUGGAGGGCAACAGCGGGGGCGAUGGACACCAGAAGCCCCUCACUAAAGACAUAGGAGUCCAGACCGGAUUCAUCGGGCCUAUCCCUGCAAGGCCGGGUUUCAUCCCGCUCCUCAACGCCAACAAUUCUGCCUACCUGCCCGGAGGCCUCCUCUCCCCCACCUUGAACCCCCCUCCUCUGUUUGACAACAAAUACCUGAGCACGGAUUCAAACUCCAACCUCACCACCUCCGGCUUCUCCAUCAGCCCGGCUCUGAGUCCCAUGGACCCAACCAAAACCAUCACCAACAUCAACGAGAAGUACUCCACCCACACCGGGACAAACACCUCCAACGCUCCCCCACCUCCCCCUCCGCCACCUCGCUUCCUCCCCGGGACGAUCUGGUCUUUCAACCACACCCGCCGCUUUGGCACCGGGAGGGAGUCGUGCGUCACGGGGCCCGGGGUCUCCUGGACUCACCCGGACGGCGUUGGAGUCCAGAUCGACACCAUCACGCCGGAGAUCAGGGCUCUGUACAACGUGCUGGCCAAAGUGAAGAGAGAAAGGGAUGAAUAUAAAAGGAGAUGGGAGGAAGAGUACACAGCCAGAAUGGACCUGCAGGAGAAGGUGGCUGAACUCGAGGAGGACCUGCAGGAGAGCGAGGUGUGUCAGGACGAGCUGGCUCUGAGGGUGAAGCGGCUGAAAGAGGAGCUCGUUCUCUUCAAAGGACUCGUCAGCAACAACCUGUCAGAUCUGGACACUAAAAUCCAGGAAAAGGCCAUGAAGGUGGACAUGGAUAUCUGCCGCCGGAUUGACAUCACCGCCCGCCUCUGUGACGUUGCCCAGCAGAGGAACUGCGAGGACAUGAAUCACAUCUUCCAGCAGGUGCCCACGCCGCCCUCCACUUUGAGCCGCCGGGUCAGAAAACACAGCGGGCAGUCAUUGAAGGGCGGGGACGGAGACGAGCUCAGCGUGUCGGAGAGCGAGGGAGGUGGGGCCAAAAGCGAGGAUUCAUGCAGCACGUCGGCCAAUCAGAUUAAUGAGCAGAUGCAGAAGAUGCUGAACCAGCUGAGGGAGUGUGAGUUUGAGGAUGACUGUGACAGUCUGGCCUGGGAGGAAACUGAAGAAACUCUUCUCCUGUGGGAAGAUUUUCCAGGAUACACACUAGGAGUGGAACCACAAGGAGAGGUACGCACACACACACACACACGGGCAUUGACAGGAUUUAACUUGAUUAAAUGCUCCUUGCUUUCUACCCUUGACAGACAACCAAGCACAGUGUGAUAAUACUGUAUGUAAUACGGGAUAUAAUACAUGUUGUGUAUCUGAUAGUAUUUAGCAAAAAUGAGAAAAUAUCUGCACAUUUCAUGCUUUUCUAUAUAAAAGAGUUAAACCUGGAAGUGUUGAAACACUGCAGCAAACGUGUGUGCUGCGGGCGGUCUAUCCUUCAAGCUCGGGUGCUCUACCAGAGGCCUGGAGG